AUGUCGCGCGUGGGCGACGCUACCCUGCCCAUAGAGUACGACUCUCAUGGCCACCUGAUAUCUCCCUUCUACGGGUACUGGCCAACACAAUAUGUGUGCUUCAUUUAUGUUGCCCUCUUCGGCCUGGCGACUCUUCUUCACUUGGGACAGGCGAUCCGAUACCGGACGUGGUGGCUUCUCCCCACCGCAGUGCUUGCCGGUGUCGGAGAAACCAUCGGCUGGGGCGGACGUCUGUGGUCAAGUUACCAGCCCCUCGUCCAAAACCCCUUCCUGAUCCAGAUUGUUUGCACCAUUGUGUCCGCGACUCCUCUGGUCGGCGCGCUCUUCAUCUCGUUCGGCCGGCUCGUCGUCCCCGCCGGAGAGCAAUACAGCCGGCUCAGCCCCCGUCUUUACGGACGUAUCUUCCUGACAGUCGACUUCAUCGCGCUUGUCGUCCAAUCUGCCGGUGGCGGGCUCGCAGCUACCGCUGAGUCGGCGUCUGGCAGCAAGUUGGGUUCCAACAUCAUGCUUGCCGGCAUUGUCUUCCAGCUCAUCUUCCUCGUCAUGUUCGCCGUCCUCGCGAUGGAGUACUUCUGGCGCCUCUGGAAGGACGUCCCGAUCCGCCCCGCGCGGCUGCAGACUACCAGCUCGGACAGCACUCAGUACGAGUCCUCGCCUCAGGGCCCCAUGGAGAAGCCGCUCAAGCAGCUCGCCGAGGCCAUCUGCCUCAUGACCAUCCUCCUUCUCAUCCGUGCUGUCUACCGGACCAUCGAGCUCGCAGAUGGCUGGGACGGCAAGGUCAUCCAGACGGAAAUCUACUUCGACAUCUUCGACGGCGCGAUGAUCACGCUCGCGAUGUACACGCUCAGCCUGGCCCACCCCGGCCGUCUGCUUCGAGACGCCGCGAGACUCCGCGCGUGGGGAAAGAUCCCGCCGGGUUUCAAGCAGGAGUCUUCCAGCGUCGUAUAG